GCUGCCCUACGCGUGGGUACGAUUUUUUACCUAGGAUCUUUCGGUUGAAUUAAAACUCAGUGGUAUACGUAUGGCACUGUUUACUACCCGUCGUAGUUUUCAAAAUAAACUUCUCGCACUUUCGUAGCAAUAUCAUCACGCAGCAGAGAAACGUACAAGUAGUAUUAGUGAAGAGUUUUGACUUCACAGAGUCAUUGUCGUUUUGAACCCUGAUUAGGAGCGUUUAGUGACAAUGAUUGCAUUGGCAAUAUUUGUUAUUUUGGUGAGCACAUCGGAUGCAUUUCAAUUCUGGCCCAUGGUAAGGCAGCGAGAUCUGAAAAUGACCACACGGAUGGACAGUUCUAAGCAGCAACAGCUCGAGAAGACAUUGAGUGAGGGUUCCAAAUUGCUACAAACACUUGCUCCAUUGGAAAGUAGCAGCACCACUGAUACGCCUAGUAAAGUCAAUUUCGAUUUUAUGUUCGCAAGCGAUGUGGAGUCCAGGAUCGAUGCAUCGGAAGAUUGCAGUCCAGAUUAUCCAAUAUGUACCAACGUUGUAGACUACCCGCAGAAAUUGGUGAACGACAUAAUCGCCCGCCAGGAGUACCGAUUUGCGGAAGUUUUCGGUGACGAUGUGGUUGUGGAUAACAGUGAUACCUUGGAGAAGCGGUUCGACACUUCGGAUGAUGAGUUUCUUUGUCCCAGCGUGGAGAAGUUAGUACAUCCUCAGAGCGGAUAUACGGUGAACGAUAAGCUGGUGAUGAUAGUGAACACCCCGAACUACAUGCAAGGAGUGAGAAUUGAAACAUGUAGCAAUCCUGGAAAGGCUUGCCACAAGCUACAACACUUGAUAUCGUUGUACACGACGGAAUGCAAGCAGCUAUAUCACUAUCGAACACUAUUGGCAUUUGAUAAGAUAACAAAACAACCUUACAAAGAAUCGUUUCGAUUACCAUCGUGCUGCAAAUGUGUCAUUAAGCCAUUGCAAAGGUUGCAUUUAUGAAUGAUCGUACAAAAUAUCAGCUUUAAUGAAUAGCUUUAGUCAAACUUCAAACUUUGUAAAUAUUUAUGUUGACAUGUUUUAAUAAAGAGUAUAA